UUUGAUGGCUCUCCUAAUUUGUGCAGGGUUUUUUUAUUGCAGUGUUCCAUUUAUUUUAGUAAUUCUCUCCCUAGCUCUGAUAACUCUCGUAUUGCGUUUGUAGUUUCCCGCAUGACUGGUAAAGCGCUAGAUUGGGCUACAGCUGUAUGGUCUAACAUACAAUCUUGUACUUAUGAGCAGUUUUUUCAACAGCUUAGUACUAUUUUUGAUCAUCCACGUGAAGGCAAGUCUAGUGGAGAAUUACUGUUGAAACUCAAGCAAGGUAAUCGGUCUGUAGCUGAGUAUGCUUUAGAAUUUAGAACUCUGGCAGCUAGUAGCGGGUGGAAUGAGCCAGCUUUAGAGGUAAUGUUUAGAAAUGGUUUGAAUGCUGAUGUGCUAACUGAGCUAGCUUGCAAAGAUGAUAAUCUUGCUCUUGAUGAUUUGAUUAAGUUAGCUAUUCGUCUAGAUCAGCUAUUGCGUGAACGUAGACCCAGAAAAUUUUUUCAAAACGCUGGUUCAGUUACCCAUAGACCCCCCUCAAACACCACUCUCCCUUCUCCUCCUCAAACACCUCGGCACCAUCGUGACCUGGACAUGCUCCCGGAGCCCAUGCAGUGUGAUUCUUCCCGUCUGUCUCCAGAAGAAAGACUUCGUCGUCUACAUGGUGGUCUAUGUAUGUACUGUGGCGGGGCUGGUCACGUUUUACGUGAUUGUCGGUCCCGUCCGCAUAGACGUCAGGCGCUAAAGUGGUGAGUCUUCCCACUCAGGGGUUAGUUUCACGGUCUUUCUUAUUACCUGUUACACUCCACUGCCCUCCUUCUGUUUCUGUUUUCUCAGCCCUGAUUGACUCCGGUGCAGAGGGAAAUUUCAUCAACAAGGACAUCGUGGAUCAGCUGAGGAUUGCUACUUCACCAUUGGAAUUGGCACUGAAGGUUUCUGCACUGGAUGGGGGUCCCGUAGGUUCUGGAACUAUUUCCUACAAGACUGAGCCUGUUAAGGAGUCUCAUCCGACGUCCCUGCUGUCGAUGAUUGGAUGAAGAGAAGUGAGGAGGUAUGGGAACAUACUCAUCAACGCAUUGAGACUGCCCUUCGUCGCCAAAAGGAUAAAGCGGAUCGCCAUCGUGGAGAAACUCCCUCCUAUCAACCCGGGGACAGAGUCUGGUUAUCCACUCGUGAUCUUCGAACUUCAGAGGGAAGUAAAAAACUUUCUCCCAAGUACAUAGGCCCUUACAAGAUUCUGAAACAAAUCAAUGAAGUUACUUAUCGUUUAGACUUGCCCCAUCAUUCUCGUCUGUCUAAUUCGUUCCAUGUUUCUUUGCUUAAACCUGUUAUUUCAGGUCCGUUGGACGAGGCCACGCCUGGUGAAACUCCUCCACCUCCGGUGACUGUUGAUGGGUCGACCAUGUAUGUUGUUCGGCAGUUGCUGGACUCGCGGCGGCGUGGGGGCACUCUCCAGUACCUGGUCGACUGGGAGGGGUAUGGUCCAGAGGAGAGAAGCUGGAUCCCUGCUUCUCAUAUGUCAGAUCCUGGCUUGGUUGCUGAUUUCCAUCAGCGUCACCCCGAGAAACCGGCUCCUCGUCCUAGAGGUCGACCUCGAUGCAGAUCUCCCAGUUCAUCCAGCGCUCGUCCCAGGGUCCGUCCUGCAUGCCGAUCUCUGAGCUCAUCAGGUGCCCGUCCUGGUAGUCGUCCGAGAGGUCGCCCAAGGAAAUCCAGUUCGGUCCAGCAACGUCGUGGCGUCAGUAGGUCACCCGGAGACGUCACCGGGGAGUUGGCUGCGAGUCGUCCCGGGCAGCCUCGCUCCUCGGCCUGCCCUGACUCUUUGGGGGGGUACUGUCACGCCUGCCACAGACUCUGUAGUUCCUUUCUCUGACUCUGCCGUUCCCGUCUAUGGACAAUCCCCGGUCCGGAACUACACCUCCCAGCAUGCCCCUGUCAACACCAUGGAUACUAAUGGAUAUUAUAUAACUAUACUAAUGAGUAUUGUUUAACUAUACUAAUGAGUAUUAUAUCAUUACACUAAUGAGUAUUGUUUAACUAUACUAAUGAGUAUUAUAUCAUUAUACUAAUGAGUAUUGUUUAACUAUA